AUGGUGGUGAAAUUGAUACCAGAAAGUUACAUCCUUAAAAGGUGGACGCAGCAAGCAAUUACUAGUGAUACAGAUCAGGUCCAAAAUGUGCAGGCACCGGUGGAACCUGUAGCCCAUGGGAUGCCAUUGACCGGCCAGAAAACUUCGAGAUUCACCAACGCAUCCAUCUCAUUUGCAGCACUAGCAGUUGAGGGCUGUACAAGUGAUGAAAACUAUGCUGUUUUGGAGAACCACAUCAAGCAGAUGCAAUCUGAAUUUGAAGAAAUCAAGAAAAGGAAGAUGGCGAAUAGGCAGAACACUGGUGCUACAGAAGGUGGUGCUACAGAAGGUGCACAAGACCCUGGUGCUCCACUGGUGCUAAAGAACACUGGUCCAGGUGCCUUUGCUCCAACUGGACCCUCACUGCGAACUACAGGUGUAGUGGUUGAUCCAAGCUCAUCAAAUGUAGGGAACCCCCCAAAAUCAAAAGGCAAAGGGCGCAAGAAUGAGAAGGCGCACAAAAAGGGGAUGAAUGGUCAAGCAAAGAGGAAGAAUAGGUGCAGCGUUUGCAGAUCAUAUGAUCACAAUGCACAGAGAUGUCCAGACUAG